AUGUCAGAAAAGAAGAUCGACAACCAUACUCUCGGCAUCGCUGCCAUUUCUCUCUCAAAAUGUCUCGCAGCUGCCCGAAUCCCUUACGCGCUUAUGGGCGGAUAUGAACUCGUCUUGUUAGGCGCGAACAGGACUAGCAAAGAUCUCGAUGUGGAGAUUGAUUCUUCGUGUACUACGUUUGAACAGGUCAUCGAUGCUUUCGAUGCAGAUCCCGAGUUUGCAGUCGUCCCCGGUACUCGACGCGAUGCGGUUCGUGUCCUUUGGACAUCCCGAGUCGGUAUCGACGUCUUCCUUCGACCCGGUCGCUUCCCACCCGAAAUACUCCACAUCAAAGUCAUGAACCCUCACACAUCCUACUUCCACUCCGUACCUUUCUUCCAACCGACCGACUUGCUCAUCGAAAAGAUCAAAUGUACCUCCGAACGUCGGAAGGAGAUCGAUGCGGAUGACGUUCGGUUCAUCUUCGAUACGUUGGCCGUUCAACAGAAGAAGGUCGAUAUGAGGGUCGUCAGAGCUGGUGUCGCUCCUGCUCAAGUCGAAGGGAUGGUGAAGAAUCAUCCUGCUUUGGGGUAUAUUGCCCAAAGUUUGCUCAGGAAUGCGUGA